GCUCAGUAUUAAAAAAAAAAGAGGAAGACUGAGACACAGGCCCGGCCUGGCACGCUGGUUACUACACCGGUCUUGCUCAGUAUAAUAAAAAAUAUUAAAAUAUGUGACACUGGCGCGCUGAAUUAAUUAAUUAUUGGGCCGAUCAAUACGAAGAUUAUUUUCUAAUUUGCAUAAUUAAUAUGGGGGUUGACCUACGUUGUACGACACGCUGUUCUGAACCCGACCGCACAAAUGGAUUGAGAAUCGGACUUACAGGGCCCAAGAUACGACUGCCGAAUGAGGGAGGGGGAGUUACGAGACUUAAGCACUUCGUCCGUUUCGCCUCUGUUCGCCGUUCGUCUGCCAGGGAGAGACAGCAGCCGCAGCAACCGUCGAGAACCUCCGCAUCUGUCGUCGCCGUCGACGCUAGGGAUUCCGACCGACGUCCUCGCCUCGUCCCUCCGUCACGCGCAGCAGGCCGGCGAAACCAGGGAAGAGUUGCAGCGGCGAAUUCACUCCGAUUCAAGUUCAAUUCGUCGUUUUUCGAGGAUAUGGUUAGGAAAUUGGCCAUUGCGGGGCGUCGUCGCACCCCCGGUGGUCUUGGGUUAAAAACGUACGUACGGAAGUCCGCGACCUGUCCUGGCAUCGUAGGGACAGGGGCUUCAACCCGCCCAAAGUGAAUCUCCUUUGGGUUUCUGAGCUGGCCCUUUUAUAGCAUCGCUUGGGGUGCCAUGACUCAAAGUAGUUGAUGUGGAAUAAAAUAAGGACAUGAUGUUCAAAUGAAAGGUGUUAAUAUAAAUAUGUUUAUUUAAGCUAUUUUUUUUCCUCCGUGAUCACAUGCUGUUGUGGAUUGUAUGUUAAUGUGGUGCUAUUCUGUGAGCUAAUGCUGGCUUAGGUAUAUUUUCACUCAGCGUUUCGCUGAGCGUGUAGUCGUUGUUGUUUGACUGCACGCAGGUAGGAACACGGAAUUUGAUGGGCAACCCGGAGGGCAGUGAAGUGGUGGUGGCGUGGAUGGCUCUUGUUUACUUUAGUAAUAAAACUACAUUGUUUUA